AUGGGAUAUCAAGGCGGCACCCUCAGCUCGAUGCUGAUGCUGAUGGCCAUGGUCCUUAUUCUUUCUCCCUUCGAUCUAGCGUUCUCGUAUCCUCACCAUCCUGUUGGCAUUGUCGCAGGUCAAGCAGCCUCCAACUUGCGCACCAAAUAUCCAAUUGCCGGCAGGGCCACUGCGAGUACCGCUCAUGCCGGAAGUGCGGCCUCAUGCUCUGACGGUCGUUGCAUUGGAUCCACGGAUACCAUCACAUAUCAACUCUGCGAUAGUUUCAAUGAGACCACAGUGAACGAUCCCAAUAACUCAAGGAAUAUCCAUAUUCUUUGCGACGUUGACUUCCUCGGACAAGACAUCUAUCCAUUCAUCCUAGCACAAUCGUUCGACGAAUGUCAUGCUUGCUGCAACAGCUUCAACAAGAUAUCAAAUGACACAAAAUGCCUCGGGUUCCUCUUUGCACCUGAAAGAGUGAAUGGUACUGAUGACUGUUACCUGAAAUCCUCAUUGCACAAUCCCACGCCAACGGAAAUUCAACUGAUUGGCGCUGUGCUUAUCCCGUCCAUGACCAGCAAUUCAUUGGCUUCACCCCUCGAGCGAAAUUCCACUCCUCGCAAUGAUUCCCCCAAGACGGAGUCGAGCCUGUCUGUUGCAGAGUUCAAGGUCCUGGGGGCCUCUAUCAGCAGACCUCCAAAGUACUAUCCUAGUCAUGUCCCAUAUGGUCCCACCGAGAUGCUUUACAAUGCCGCCUCGCUCUACACUGCCAACGAAUCUUUGGUAAGAGAUUACGCCCUUGCGGAUGACACAGGUUCUUGGACUGAAUCCAAAUUACCGAAUCCGGUGCUGGCAGAAAUGAAAUCGGUGCCACAGAUUUCACGUGAUGGAGGGAGAGGAGGUAGUAUCAAUGGAACCCAAAUCUUCGUCUUCUGUGACACAAAGAGUGUCCGAAUUGACGAUACACCUGACUCCGGCCAGUUGGUCAGUUUUGUCUCCAGCUCCGUUGCCACUGACAAGGGAGUGAAUGCGUUGUCUGGCAACCCACUCGAACUUGUGGACAAUCUUGGUGAGUGGCAAGACGAUGUGGGUAGAAUGCGAGGGUUUGCCCCCAUGACUUUGGGAGAACAAUCAUACAACACCGCCAUUUCUGGAUCUGGCUAUCGCUACGCAAUCUGGCCUGAUUCGUCCCUCAUUCCCUUCAAUACUUCGCAUGCUCUCCUAUACCCUACACUGGUCUUUGACAUUGACAAGCGCAUUGAAGCUCCUGUGUUCAACGAGAUUGGGAACUCUGUUUUGUUGGUAUCUGUUGAUCCAACCUACGGUCCUGUUGCAGAGAGAACUGUCAACCAAUUAUUCAAACAGGGACAGAUCGCAUUUGGAACAGUUGGCGGCAUACGUGCUUGGGGCCCCAAAGGUAUUGGUGCCAAUGAUGGAUAUAUCUACCUGCUUGGUCAGCAUAAGGGACGAGUCAAUGCCGGCACAAGCGGUAAUGGUGUACUUGUUGCGCGAACCACCCCGUCAGGUAUCAAUGAUUUGUCAUCAUAUACCUACUGGAAUGGCAAGUCGUGGUGUGAUACCAUGCCAUCUGUCGACUCAACAGCCACCAUACUCGACCAUUUGGUUCAAAAUAUGGACAUCUUUUAUGUGCCAGCUUUGCGCAGUUUCAUCAUGGUGUACCUCAAUAUCUAUGGAGACAACACGUUUUACUACCGUCAUCUCCCCCUGGAUCUGGAUGUGAUUCCAGGAGGAGAUUAUGUUGACAACAUUGUUAGUGGCAAGUGGUCUGAAGAGAAAGUCCUUGCUAAACCAGGCGCCCCCGUUAGGGAGUUCCUCUACUCUGGAGGAGUUCAUGGCGGCUAUUUCGGUGCUGAAGACAUCACUAAUGGCGGAUGGAAGAUGCUGAUCACCUGGACCGAGAAAACUGGAGCAGAUGCGUAUAGUCCAAACGCUGGUUAUGCUCAUAAGUCUGCCUAUGUUCGCCUCAGUCUGGAUUGA